AAUAUUUGAUUUAAGGUUGAUGGCAACAACGUAGACAUUUGUGUGCCAUAUUUAGGAACCGAUCAAACUUGAAGAAAUGGUGUCUGAGUCAGCGUGUAAAGUGUUCAUGUUGUUUCUCGUGUGGUGUUCAAUGGGGCUUUACCAAGAAAUCCCUGGACCUACCAUGAUAGAUAUCAAACUCAUCUUCAACGCAACCUAUGAAGAGGUGUCUCGUUCUGUAAGUGGGCGUGGGGCUGGUGGAUUUUGUGGUGCACUUAUUGGUGGAUUCCUUGUGGACAGAUUCAGCCACUCAUCCGACUUGAUCAUUGCCGUAUCAGAGACAAUUGCUGCAUUGGCAAUUAUGUUUGUUCCUUACUCACACAGUGCCAAUACAAUUUGGUUUCAUUACUUUUUUACUGGAAUAUGUGGAGUAACAAUUAACAUUGCCGGUGUCCGUUCGGUGAUUAAUUUAUUUCCAGAGAAAACUGCAGUGUGUCUUCAGCUGCUACAUGUUGGAUAUGGUGCUGGAGCUCUUUUGGUUCCAGUUUUCGUGAACCCUUUCCUUGCAGUUGUCAAGAUACUGAAAAUAAAAUCCGGGAACCAUGACACCGAAUCGGAAGUGAUUCAAGUUGUUAGGGAAACCCAUGUGCAUAGUGCAUUUGUAGGGAUUGGGAUAGGAACAUUGCUUUUAUCUACAGUAUUUUAUCGUUAUCAUUGCAAUAAGUGUACAAGUAAAGGAUACAAGCAAGUUGUAACAGAGGACAAAGAAAUAGAAGAAGUUAAUGCAUUACCUAAAGAAGAAGUUCAUAAAAGUGAAAAGUCUAGCUACAGAAUAUGCAUACUUAUUGUUAUAUUUAUUUAUUACUUCAUUAUGGUCGGCGGAGAGGAAGUGUUUGGCCAGUUUGUUCGGACAUUUUCUUUAGAAGUAUUUAAUUUUACCAAAACAAAAGCUUCGUUUUUGAACAUGACGUUUUGGCUCGGACUGACAAUAGGUAGACUAUUUGGAUCACUUAUGGCAAAUUUUAUACACAUUAGAAGAUUAUUCUUGAUUCAGGUAGUUUCUCAUGCCUUUUCAACGACAUUAUUGUAUCUGUAUGCAUCUAGAAGUUCAGCGAUGUUAUGGUUUUGUACAGUGACAGAAGGAUUUCUGAUAUCUCCUUUGUACCCAGGUGGAAUCGCUUAUGGAAACACUCUAAUAGAACUGAGUGGAUUUUGUUUAAUGGUUAUCCAGUUAGCAGGUAGUUUGGGAGACCUGAGUUUUAUAUGGAUAGCAGGGAAGAUGUACGACACGUACGGACCAAAGUCAUUACUUUAUGGAUUACAAGUAAUAGGGAUAAUUUUAGUGAUCUGUGUAAUUUUGUUUAGAGUAAUGGAACGCUUCAAGAAAGAAAAGAAAGUUGACAUUCUUGUGAAAACUUGAUACUCGUCAUUUCUUAUUUACUAUUAAAUUGGAGUUUAGAACAACUAGGCCAGUGGUUUCAUUCCAGGUGCUUGUCUUAAUAGGCUUUCUGUUUUGUCUCAUAUAUACAAGUCUGUUUAUUAAAAUGUUUUGACUUACGUUGUCUUUUUU